AUGGCCGUGAUACAGGAGAAACAGAGGGAGACCCCCAGCAAGAAGCCAGUAUCCCAAGAAGACAGAAAAGGGCUUUCUACCCAAGAUAAUCAAGACAACCAGAAGGACAGCAGAGCCGGGAGACAGGGAGAAAAAGGCAAUGACGACAUAAAGCCCUGUAAUUCAGAGAAGAGGAGAGCAGUCAUAUGUGUUCCUGCCUCCAUCAAAUCAGCUGUGAUCAGUAACAACACAACCAGCCAUGGAAACCCAGCAGGCCCACAGGCACUGAAGGUUGCUGAGAGACUGAGACUAGCGAAAGAGCGGAGGGAGGAGCAUGAGAAACAACUUGUGUCCAGAGAGCUGGGCUGGUUGGCUCGAGAGGAGAGGGCCAGGCGUCUCUAUAAACAACAGCUGGAGGAGAGGAAGAGGAGGCUACAGGAGCAGCGAGAGAAGGAGGAGAAGAGGAGGACUGCUCUGGAGCGGAGGGAGGAGCAUAAGAAACAGCUUGGUUUGUGUUGUGGUCUGAAGGAGCGCUAUGAGUCUGUGGUGAAGAAGACCUUGGAGAAGAGCCAGAGGAUUAAGCAGAGAAUCAGACAGGGCUCUCGAGGAAGGAAGACCGACAACAAGAGCGCUCCUCGCCGCUCCCCCCUGACUGCCUGGGAGAGGGCUCUGGUCAGUCGCCUCCUCACCCCUACCUGCUCCUACCUAGCCAGGAGCAGGAGCAGGAGUCAUAAUUGUCAGUCAAGAGAAGAAGAAGUUUCAUGCCACUCCAUGCCUGCCACUGCCACCAACUCUCACAAAUCACCACGCCGCUCUGGCACAACUGACCACCACCUGGUGCAGGCAGACCUACGGACAGACUACCGGGCUGACUACCGGUCUAUCAUCCAGGCAAACUACCAGGUAGCCACCUCCCCCAGUCCCAGCCGUACAAGCCAUAGAUCCAUCAAUGCGGCACAGUUAAAAGCAGCACAGCAGGAGGAAAAUGAGAGGACGGCCAGGAGGAAUACUCAGCAGCCUCACAUACCCAAUGUUCCCUUGAAAGCAUUACCCACAAACCCACUACCCAACGCUGGCGUGAAAGCGUUACCCACAAACCCACAGUGCAGAGCAGCAGUGCCCUCCCCAGAACGCAAACCUGUGAUCAGACACACAUCUGUGAUCAGACAGCCCCUAUCACAGCAGUUAGAGCUGGAACUUGACCCUGUACCAGAGGAGGACACUGUUCCAGUCCCCAACCAUACCCUGUCCCCUGGGAACUCACAGGCCAGCCAGACCAUCUCUCCUGGGGCUCCAGUCCCCAACCCUACCCUGUCCCCUGGGAACUCACGGCCCAUCAGGACCCCAGCUGCAGCGUGGGACCAGGUCCAACCAUUCCUACACUCCCCAGAACCUCAGACUCAGAGAGAAAUCACACUUAGUACUGAAGGCAGUGCAGAUGAGGGUGAGCAUCUAAAAGUGAAAGCCCUCCCUCCUGGAGCCACUCCCAGCCCAAGGCCCUCUGCUGGCACCAUGGACCCAGAGGAGGCCUCGCGUCUCCUGGCCGAGAAGAGGAGAGAGAGAGAGGAGGAGGAGGCCCAGGCCAGGGAGAAGGCAGAGCAGCAGAGGCUGGAGAGAGACAAACACUUCCAGGAGGAGGAGGAACAACGACAGGAGAGAAAAAAGCGACUGGAGUUGAUCAUGAGGAGGACUAGGAAAGAAAAGCCUAUCCUGAAUGGGAACUCAAACGGUAACUCCUCCUCUCCAGAGGAAGCCCAACCAAAAGAGAACACUGAGCCUGUUAAGAAUAGCAAAGGCACUUUAGAAGAGGUCAUCAACCUAGGGGUCGUUGUCGGGACAGGGACCAAGCCGUCCAAUCUAGGUCUGAGUGACACGGAAGACAUAGUUCCUGUUGUGGCCUUCAAAGAACGCAGGUCCCUGAGAACUCUGACGGGCAUGGAGGAGAUCCAGUCCCAUCAGCGAGCAGAUAGCUCAGGCAGUGGUGUUAUAGCAGAUGCAGCCAGAAGGGGAGCAGGGGAGCUCAGCAGAGCUUUCAGAGCCAACCCACAGGUGCAGCAGCUGCUCCUGGUCACAACCACAAGAUAA